AAAUAAAAUUGUUAACAAUAGUUUCAAAAUUCUGGUCCAUCAAAAUUUGCUUCAAUCCAACGCAAACGUUAGACAUCGUCUGCGUAGCAAAUCUUCACCAAAUAAGUUUGGAACUUAUUACCAACAACCGACAACCAAAAAAUAAAAACAAAGUAACUGCAAAGCUAUGGAUGCCUUAUCCGAUGAGCAAAUUGCCGAACUUAGGGAAGCGUUUGAUGUUUUCGAUCGUGACGGUGAUGGAUGCAUCACAACAAAGGAAUUGUGCAUUAUUAUGCGCACAAUGGGUCUAAAUCCUACCGAAGCCGAGCUGCAGACACUGAUCGAUCAGAUUGAUACGGAUGGUGACGGGGUGAUUGAUUUCAAUGAAUUUGCCAAUAUGAUGGCAGAUAAAAUAAGGGAAACCAUAACUGAGUCCGAAAUCCGUGAAGCUUUCAAAAUUUUUGAUAAAAGUGGAAACGGUUACGUGUCACGUGUUGAGUUAAAACAUAUAUUACUCAAUUUGGGUGAGAAGAUUUCUGACGAAGAGAUAGACGAAAUGAUUAAGGAAGCAGAUGUUGAUGGUGAUGGACAACUUAGCUAUGACGAAUUCCUUGGUGUAAUGGUGAAUAAGUAAAAAUUUGUCGUUAAAUUUUUACAAUAUACGCCAACAUAUGUUUUUUUUGCAUAUAAAAGUUUAUUUA